CUAGGUUUAGAAGUCAGUUUACUUCGGGAGCUCGACGUGAGCGGGCGUCACAUUACCCCGCAGCGAGAAAUUUAAAUUUUUAUUUUCAUACCGGUGUUGUGCGUGGCCUGUGUUUAAACUGUGAUUUGGUAUUUGAAUUAGGAAUUGUUAUUCUUCGUAAACAUCAGUGCAUAUCAGAACAAUGGUAGCCAAAAACUUGUUCACGGUAAAAAGGACUUUAAAUACAGUGAAGCAGAGUUCGAAAUAUGCAAGUGUUGUGAUUAGAAAACAUAGUGUAUGGACGCAGGAUAGAGUGAUCACGUCGCCUUACAAGAGCAUUGAAAUACCAAACUAUACGUUGUACGAGUACGUAUGGCAUAAUUUGGAUAAAUGGCCGGAAAGGACUGCUUCUGUUUGUGCAGUAACAGGCAGAGGCUACACCUAUGAACAAGCAUUCAAGCUUUCAAACAGAUUUGGGGCGAACCUUAGGACCAAGUUCAAGAUUCGCGAUGGAGACACAGUCGCGAUCAUGCUGCCUAAUAUUCCAGACUACCCACUGGUAGCUUUGGGUAUAUUGGAGGCUGGAGGAGUGAUCACAAGUAUCAAUCCCAUCUAUACUGCUCAUGAAAUACAACGCCAGCUAAAGAUGUCGGCAUCAAAGAUGAUAGUCACACUACCAGAGGCAGUACCAACAGUCAAAGAAGCUUUAAAACUUGCCAAACUAAACAUUCCAAUAGUCGUUGUCAAAACCAAUGGAGACCCGGCUCCUGAAGGAACAGCUUUAUUUAACGAACUGAGUGAAGAUAUUCACGCAGAUAAGUCUUGUCUGAAGAAAGUUAGAAGGAACCCCAAUGAUAUUUGCUUCCUACCUUAUUCAAGUGGGACGACAGGAUUGCCGAAAGGAGUGGAGCUCUCACAUAGAAACAUCAUUGCUAAUUGCCAGCAGAUUAAUGAGCCUCAAAUAAGGUUACACCAUGAUACUACUGCAACCCAUCAAGACGUGGUAAUGGGAGUCUUGCCGUUCUUCCACAUCUAUGCAGCAACAGUCCUGAUGUUCCACAAGCUGUCCAUCGGGGCCAAACUGGUGGCUUUAGCCAAGUUCAGCCCAGAAUCAUUCCUGAAGACUAUUGAGAAACAGAAAACGAAUACUCUGAUGGUUGCACCACCGCUGAUUCUGAUGAUGAGCUCUCAUCCUGCAGCCACAGCGAAAACAUUCCAGCACGUGGACUUCGUGUGUAAUGGAGCGGCGCCUCUUGCAGCGUCUGAUGCCGAAAGAUUAUUGUCACGAUGCCAGCGUGACAUAGACUUCAGACAAGGCUACGGUCUCACGGAGACUUCUCCAACAGUCACUCUAUCACCAACAGGAUCAAAGCGGUACGAGGCCACUGGUCCACCAAUACCAAAUACUGAGCUGAGGAUUGUGGACAAAGAUCUUAACAAUUUGGGACCUAAAGAGACUGGUGAGAUCCUUAUCCGAGGUCCUCAAGUAAUGCGAGGAUACAGAGAUAACCCACAAGCCAAUAACGAGGCUUUCACAGCAGACGGUUGGUUCAGGACUGGUGAUAUGGGCAUAGCUGACGCAGAUGGAACUAUCACUAUUACUGAUAGAUUAAAGGAGCUCAUUAAGGUAAAAGGUUUCCAAGUACCUCCAGCAGAAUUAGAAUCCAUUUUACGUGAGCACCCUUCAGUAGAUGACGCAGCCGUUGUAGGAGUACCUCAUCAGACCAAAGGAGAAUCACCGAAAGCCUUCGUAGUACUUAAGAAUGGUCACAAAUGUACUACAAAUGACCUAUCAAAGUUUGUCAAUGAGAAAGUAGCGGCAUAUAAACAUGUGGACGAUAUAUCUUUCAUUGAUAAAGUUCCUAAAAGUGCAGCUGGCAAGAUUUUGAGAAGGGUGCUGAAGGAACAGUACUGUUAGGGUUAAAAUUUAGAAUCAGGGUAUAUUAAGUACAGUUCGCCUCAAAUAACUUUGGAUAUCUGAAGUUAGCCGUAGAAGGGCUCAGGCAUGAACGGUAGUGUUUUAUUCAUGUUGACGAAGACAAAUAGUGGUCAACUUCAGACAAAGAAAUACAUAUUUUCUACAGGAACAAGGGUGCAAAGUUAUGUGGUGCAAACUGUACUUUCAGUCAAUUUGUUCGGUCUAAGUAAGUUUUAAGAUGAACAUUAUUAUAAAGUUUUAGUAUCAUUGAAAUUGUACAUUUUGGAAUUGAAAGAGUUUAUUGAAUGUUAAUUUGUAACGAUGACAGACUUGAAUAUAUUUUGUAAGUUUAUACAAGAAUGAAAGGCGAAUUGAUAAAAACGACGAUAUUUGAAUGGAAAUAAAUAUUUUUGUAGCAAUUUAAGACAGCAUUUUGACUAAAGAUUUUUGUAAAGCUUUAACAUUAAAUACGUAUUUUUAAUAACUCAUUUGGUUUUAAGUCUCGUAUCAUUUUGAGGACUGCGUAAGGUUUAAGGGUAAAUAUAAAAAUAAUGUUGAAAUUAUUAUUUGGUUAAUUGCGACUGUAUGUUAUGUUGUAAUCAUGUUAUGUACUUGUUAUCGGCAAAAAUAUAAAACUUUUUUUGUAUA